AGGGCCGCUAGCCUCUUCCAGCCCGCGGCCCGUUGCCAGGCCCCGCCCAUAGCUCGAGACCACGCCCUCUUCGUUCUCAGGCCACGCCCUCAAGCUGGGGUUUGGGGUUUUUUUCUCCCCCACCGUCGCCCUCGAGGCCUGCAGCGGCGCAUGCGCCGGGCGAGCGGGUUUCCAGAUAUCACCUCCCCUCCCUACUCUGGCUAAGAAGGCGAAGCGGUGAACUUGCUGGUGUGGAGCAGUGAGGGUCCCCCACAGAGCUGUUACUGAUGCCAGCAGUCCAGAGACAAGUGUUCCAUCUUUGGUCCUCUAUGUCAUAAUGGACUUGCCCAGAGUUGGUUUCUUCACUGCUUAAAAUGAGACAUUUCUGCCGUCAGGGGAAAUUUGCCUGUAAUUCAUUUUCCUCACUGCAGUGUUGAGAGUUACACCAAUCUUUUUCAUUUUUUAGACUGAAAAGAUAUGAAUGAAUAUCCUAAAAAAAGAAAAAGGAAGACUUUACACCCUUCUCGUUAUUCAGAUUCUUCUGGAAUAAGCAGAAUCACAGAUGGAGUCAGUGGAAUCUUUUCUGAUCAUUGUUACAGUGUCUGCUCCAUGAGACAGCCAGACUUAAAAUACUUUGACAACAAAGAUGAUGAUUCUGAUCCUGAGACAUCAAAUGACUUGCCCAAAUUUACAGAUGGAACUAAGGCCAGAAAUAGGAAUCAGAACUACUUGGUUCCCAGUCCUGUGCUUAGAAUUCUAGACCACACUGCCUUUUCCACAGAAAAGUCUGCUGAUGUUGAAGUCUGUGAUGAAGAGUGUGACUCACCUGAGUCUGUGCAUCAACAUACUCAAGAGGAGAGCCCUAUAGAGGUUCACACCUCAGAAGACGUCCCAAUUGCUGUAGAAGUUCAUGCGAUUUCUGAAGAUUAUGAUAUAGAGGCAGAGAACAAUUCCUCCGAGAGCCUCCAAGACCAGACUGAUGAAGAACCACCAGCUAAACUCUGCAAAAUACUUGACAAGAGCCAAGCUUUGAAUGUGACUGCCCAACAGAAGUGGCCUUUACUGAGAGCCAACAGCAGUGGCCUCUACAAGUGUGAACUCUGUGAAUUCAACAGUAAGUAUUUUUCUGACCUAAAGCAGCAUAUGAUCCUGAAACACAAGCGCACUGACUCAAAUGUAUGUCGAGUGUGCAAGGAAAGCUUUUCCACCAAUAUGCUUCUCAUUGAGCAUGCCAAACUUCAUGAAGAAGACCCGUACAUCUGUAAGUACUGUGACUAUAAGACAGUGAUCUUGGAGAACCUCAGCCAGCACAUUGCAGACACCCACUUCAGCGACCACCUUUACUGGUGUGAGCAGUGUGACGUGCAGUUCUCCUCCAGCAGUGAGCUCUACCUGCACUUCCAGGAGCACAGCCGCGAUGAGCAGUACCUGUGCCAGUUCUGUGAGCACGAGACAGGGGACCCUGAGGACCUGCACAGCCACGUGGUCAAUGAGCACGCUCGAAGACUGAUCGAGCUGAGUGACAAGUGUAGCGGUGGUGGGCAUGGGCAGUGCAGCCUUCUAAGCAAGAUCACCUUUGACAAAUGCAAAAACUUCUUUGUGUGUCAAGUCUGUGGGUUCCGGAGCAGACUUCACACAAAUGUGAACAGACACGUUGCUAUCGAGCAUACUAAAAUAUUCCCUCAUGUUUGUGAUGACUGUGGGAAGGGCUUUUCCAGCAUGUUAGAAUAUUGCAAGCAUUUAAAUUCACAUUUAUCUGAAGGGAUUUAUUUAUGCCAAUAUUGUGAAUAUUCAACAGGACAAAUUGAAGAUCUUAAAAUUCAUCUUGAUUUCAAGCAUUCAGCUGACUUGCCUCAUAAAUGCAGUGACUGCUUGAUGAGGUUUGGGAAUGAAAGGGAAUUAAUCAGUCACCUUCCAGUCCACGAGACUACCUGACUGUUAUCUUUACAUAAUGUUGAAGUAAAAUAAUAAAUUCUUUUUUAAUGUUAAAGUGG